AUGCCGCGCGGCCGCGACAAGCCGGCCACCGUACGCGUCUACACAGUAUGCGACGAGUCCAAGUACCUCAUCGUCCGGAACGUGCCUUCGCUCGGGUGCGGCGACGAGCUCGGCACCCUAUUCUCGUCGUACGGGCCGCUGGAAGAGUGCAAGGCCAUGGAUGCCGAGGACUGCGAGGAGUACACCGACGUCUUCUUCAUCAAGUUCUCGCAGGUCAGCAACGCGAGGUUCGCAAAAAGGAAGUUAGAUGAGUCUGUAUUUCUUGGCAACCGGCUGCAGGUGUCAUAUGCACCUCAAUUUGAGAGUAUUUUGGAUACCAAGGAGAAACUGGAAGUCCGGAGAAAGGAAGUCCUCGGCCGAAUAAGAUCCUCUGUUGGAAGCAGAUCAGAACGGUUAACUCAGUAUUCUCCAGGGCAGGGAUCUUCUAGUGGGAACUUGCAUCAUCAUAUGAGCCCCAAUAAGAGGGAAUACACAAAGACACUUCAUGCUUCUCAUAUCGAAGAUGUUCGUUUCAGUCAUGUGUCCUCUAAUAAGGACUAUUUUCCAUCCGAGUCGAUGAUUGCAACUGUAAAUCUUGUGAGGCAGAAGCUUGAUAAGAUACAGUCCGGCAGUGAUGGUUCCAAUGCUGUAGCUGCGUCCAAGAAACCAAAGGGUCGAUGA